ACGUAAACAGUGUAGCUGGACUGUUGCAGUGUGACCAGAGGCUGCCAAUGCAAUGCCAAACAAGCAGCAGAGCAGAGGCAUUCAAUUCAACAGAAAGGUAAAAUAAGUAACUUUGGAAUGGAGAUGGAGUGUGGCAAGUCGUCAGAGCAUUCGUCGCAUAGUGCCUCCGAGGCAUCGGCGGACUCCGGGAGCCUGCUGAACAGUGAUCUCACAGUGGCGGGGCGCGAGUUUACACUAACGCCCACCAAGCGGGAACGGCGCAAAUCGCCAGCCACUAGCUCUGAUAACACCAGCACCAGCGUACAGGCUCCAAUGUCGCCCACAUCCUCGCUGGCGGACACAACGUUCGAGCCCACCAUUGACAUGAUGGUGAAUGACUUUGACGACGAGGCCACAUUGAACGAAGAAGAGGCGCUGGCCAAUUUGGAGUCGCAUAAUCCGGACGACGAGAUUGCUACGCUCAGGGAGGAGAGCGAAAUGCCCAUUGAGGAGUUAUUGGCUAAAUACAGCAUGGCAGCCUCGCCGGCUACCAGCAGCUCGAAACGGUCGAGCGGCGGAUCAAGGCGGCGACGAGCCACCAAGCGGCAGUACCAGGAGCUAGACACAGAAACUGCUUAUGCAUCCACAUCAUGCGCCGCCGCAGCACAGCAGGAGAAGGUCGAUGAUUUUCUUAAGCAGCCGCAGGAGCCAUCGCCCAGCGCUCAGCGCAAUAAGAGUCCCAUGGAGACAGAUGAAGCGCAGGCUAUUUUGUCGCCUGAUGUCACAAAGAAACAGCAUCGCUCCCACCUACUGGAUCUGUAUCCAGAUGAGUCCUUUGGGGAAAGUCCGCCACUGGUCGGACCCCUGGAGGAGCUUGAAAGAUUCACGCCGCUUCAGGCGCUCUUUGAAGAAGUAGAGGUCGAUGACGAGGAAGAGUCGGAUAAUGAAUCUGAUGACGCGAGGAAGAUUAUCAUGGUUGGAGCUGAUUUCCAAGCUGACAUUCCCGAGGGUCUCUCGCAGUAUGGCGACAUAUUGCCGUACGAAAAUGAGGAUCUGUUAAUCUGGGAGCCGAGCCAAGUCUCAGAGCGGGAAGUGGAGGAAUAUUUGGCAAAGAUCCAAGAGACCCGAGCCUUGCCACCGCUAGAAGAGGGCGCUGAAGUUGUGGCAAGUGACGAGCAGCCCGUAGCUCUUCCCGCCCCGUUAGCUCCGCCAAGAGUCCAGCCAGCGCCAAAUGCUGCCAGCGACGGAGAGACAACGUCCGUGGUAAAGGACAACGAGCAGGCCCUGCAUUUACUGGUCCAGUGUGGCUAUGACUUCAAUGAGGCCCUGCGGCGCAAGCGAUUGAAUGUGCUGCCCCUGAGCGACACCAUGAGCAGCUGGUCCGAGGAGGAAUGCCUCAAGUUCGAGGAGGGCAUACAUAAGUACGGCAAGGACUUUUAUCAGAUACGCCAGAACCAGGUGCGCACAAGAACCAUGCGCGAACUGGUCCAGUUCUAUUACCUGUGGAAGAAGAGCGAGCGUCGAGAUCAGAGCUUUGCCCUGAACGACACCAUCGAUCACAUGGAUGCAUUCCUUAACGAAGCGGGCACUGGCAGUGGAAACGGCAAUGGCAAUGGAAACGGGAAUGGGAACAGCAACGGUAGCUGCUCUCCACACAGCAGCAACGGCCACAGCAAUGGGGACUACGCUUUGGAUAGGGACACCACUACCACUACUUGCUCGUCGCGAAAGCCCUCGACGAAGAGCUACUCCAUUAUGACUGGCGGCCAACCCCAACCAGCAGGCGGUGCUGGCGGGACGAGUAGCAAGCGUGGAACGCCCGCACCCAUGACCCUGGAAGACGGAGAAGAAAAUGAGGAGGAAGCAAACCAGGUUACCAUCUAAGGGAAAUAUGUACAUAAGCAGAAAGGGUAGAAAGGUCUAAGGAAAAUCGGCAGCUACCGUAGGAACUGGCUCCGACAUCAUUACUAUCUUUGAGCGCAGGCGCUUUCGACUGGGACAGGCAGGGCAGUGCAGGGCAGGGCAGGCGUAGUAUUAAGCAAAAAGGUGAUUGUUUACCUUUCCAUUAUCGUUCACUAAAAAUGUACAUGCAUCCAGUACGUUUAGGAUACAAUGGUAUAUCUAAACAUAUAUUAUUCCAGAUUCUUAAAUCGAUAUUUCUCAUAACUAUUAAUGAAUUUCAUAAUCUUAAGCAUAUGAAUGUCUAUUUGUUACAAGUCCCAGUAGAUUCCGGAAUCCGAGUACUUAUGGCUUAUUAAAUAUAUGUAUGUAUGUAUGUAUACAAUAUUUGUAUUUUCGCUCAAUCCUUAAGUUUCGUUGAAUGUUUCAAUAAAUGUAAUCUAAAUUUCUAUGAAUAA